UCUAUGGGUCCACAGGCACCUUAGCCAGUGGUCAGCUAUCAGCAGGAACAAGACAGUAGCAUGGCUCCAGGAGAAAAGGAAAGAGAGCAGGUACCCGCCAAGAGAGCACUCCAGAAGAUUCGUACAGCCACUCUGGUUAUCAACUUGGCCCGAGGCUGGCAGCAGUGGGCAAAUGAGAACAACAUCAAGCAGGCCCAAGAACCUGCAGGUUGGCUACCAGGGGGGACCCAGGAACCACGCCAAGCUCCGAAACCAGUGCUACAACCUAAGACCCACCAGAAAGUUGAGACUAUCCCAAAGUCUUCCUCCCAAAAGCCAGAAGGGUGUGGAGGUGGCCAAAGUUCAGAGGAAUGCACUGAAAUCUCCCAUAUAAAAAGGAAAGAAGUGACCAAAACUGUUUUCAGCAAGGCUUACGAGAAAGGAGGCGAUGUGAGUCACCUCAGCAACAGAUAUGAGAAGGAUGGUGGCACACCUGAACCCAGGCAGCCCGAGAAUGACAUUGACCGAAUCCUUCAUGGCUGUCACUCCCCAAUACGGAGGAGAAAAUGUGCCAACCUGGUGUCUGAGUUGACUAAAGGCUGGAAAGAAAUGGAACAGGAUGAGCCCAAGUGGAGGAGUGACAGCAUAGACACAGAGGACAGCGGCUAUGGAGGGGAGACGGAGGAGAGAGCUGAGCAGGAGGGAGAGCAGGUGACUGCAACUCGAAUCAAACGCCCCUUACCCUCCCAAGCACACAGAUUCACAGAGAAACUCAACUGCAAGGCCCAACAGAAAUGCAGCCAAGUGGACAGCCUGAAAGGGAGGUGGCAACAGUGGGCAGAUGAGCACAUACAAUCCCAGCAGCUCAAUCCUUUCAGUGAAGAAUUUGAUUACCAGCUGGCCAUGGCCACCCGUCUUCACAAAGGUGACGAGGGCUACGGGCGCCCCAAAGAGGGUACCAAAACUGCCGAGAGAGCCAAACGAGCUGAGGAGCACAUCUACAGGGAAAUCAUGGACUUGUGCUUUGUCAUUCGUACAAUGGCUCGCCACCGACGUGAUGGCAAGAUCCAAGUUACUUUCGGAGACCUCUUUGACAGAUACGUGCGUAUUUCAGAUAAAGUUGUGGGCAUCCUGAUGCGUGCCAGGAAACACGGAUUGGUGGACUUUGAAGGGGAGAUGCUGUGGCAAGGCCGUGACGACCAUGUUGUGAUCACGCUGCUUUGAGUAAACCUUCAACGGUACCUGCUUCAUUGGGUUCACUGCUGUCUUCGGGAUAAGUACUAAUGUAGCCGAAAUCAACAUGCAGACUUCUUUAAAAUAAAAUAGGACAUUUUAAACAUUUUUUUUAAAAAACAUAAAUGCCUUUGUGGCGCUUUUUCUGAGGAUGUCUGACAAUGUCUGAGAAGGCAUUUUAGAAAGUUUAGUAUUAUUGGUACCUAGUAGCAUAAAUAUUUGAAAUGUCACUUACCUUUUCAAGAAAAUGUGUUUAUUAGCUAUUUGUUGUAUAAAUCAUGGAUAUUUUUAAAUAUAUGAAGAAUGUUGACUUUAGGUAAGUAUCAGUACAACAUUGCACUGUGCUGACUUUUAGGGAAAAAAAUAAUUUCAUUGGCUUGGCAAAACUAAAAAUUCUCUAAGAAGUUUGUAGUUUUUUUUUUUUUUUUAAAUUAUCUUUAGUGGCUAGAGACAGCCUGAAAUUGGGGGGGGGGUGUAGGGGAAGGUAGAGAUGGAGAGACAGAGAGACACCUACAGACCUGGUUCACCACUAGCAGAGCCUUCCCCUCGCAGGUAGGAACUGGGGGCUCGAAGUUGGGCCCUUGCACAUUAUAACAUGUGCGCUCAACCAGGUGCGCCACCCACCUAGCCCCAAAGUUUGUAGUUUUUGAUAUCAUUACAUCACUUACAAAAUAGGAACACAUAAUCUUUCAAAUAAGGUGUUUAAAUUUAUCUGUGGGCAUGGGAUUUAGUAGGUAUUUUUCUUCUGUGUAAUUUGAGCAAAUCAUAUUAAGCAGACAUUUCUGGUGAUUUUAGAGCUAAAAGGCAUUGGCAGUUACCUUCAGAAUGAAAGUUAAAGCUGAAGUGAGAAAGUCAGAAUCACUUGUCUUUGGAUUGCUUUUUGGAGAAGUUGAUUUUUUCUGAAAAGCUGAGUCAUUCUGCUUCUACUGCUAUUGGUGCCCAAGAGCUAGAGGUGCAGAGAAUUCUGCAAUGAAGCAGAAUGGAACUGAGGCCCUUUACUUACUUCACACUUUUAACAAUUCUUAUGAAAUGUCUGAGGGUCAAAAAUUAGUAAAAAGUCGGGAAAAACAAAAAGCAUAGUCUAGUAUGAUCACGAAAAAGCUGACACUAAUCUGUCACCUGUGUUUCUCCAUUAGAUUUACAACUAAAUUCAAUGCAGAAGUACUCAAGUGGUAUUUAGCACUCGGAUGUGAAAACCAGAAACUCAUGUCAAAACAAUGGACAUUUAUAAUAAUUAAGACUGUUACAGUUAGGCGUUAGGUUUAAAUGAAAUAUGAGUUAAACAGGAGUGGAUUAGCUUGCUUUUCCUGUAUGAUUCUUUCAAACUGAAAGUUCCAAUAUCUUCUUGAUGAAGAGUUUUUACAUUUUCAUGUAUUUUAAAUUCAUUACCAAUAUUUACUAAAUAGAAUUUCACGAAAGAUGUACAUUUCUACCCCAACAGCAAAAUCUCUAGGUCAAAACCUAGAGAUGCAACACAAGGAUAAAAGGUGUUUCCUUGUAUUUCCUGUUCUUGUACUAUUUUUUUUAAGUUUUUACUUUAUCUUUAUUUAUUGGAUACAGACAACCAGAAAGCGAAAGGGAAGGAGGGAAGGACAGAGAGGGAGAGAGACAGAGCAACAUUGCUUCACAAAGCUUUCACAAAGCUUUCCCUCUGCAGGUGGGGACUGGGAGCUCGAACCCAGGUCCUUGCUUAUUGUAACACGUGUGCUUGACCAGGUACACCACCACCUGGCCCUUAAAGGUUUAGAUUCAUACAUCUUGCACAAGUUUUCCAAAGCUUUCCACUUUAUGUAACCUUUAAAAAUUUCUCUUAUUGGCUAUUUUAAUACUCCUAGAAAUUGCAAGACUUCUGCCAUUCCUUUUACUGAACAUUUUUUUAUUUGUAUGUAUAUAUGAGAUCAUCAUUAGGGCUGUUACAAAAACUUUACCUUGUGGACUGCCUCUUCCUGUUUUAAGAGUUAAUGGUUAAAACAUUCCAAUCUUAAGAUCUAAAUUGUUUAAACUGAAAGCUUUAUUGCUUUGCCUUUCACAUUUAGCUCUAUAAACGGUAGUUACUUUUUGUGUAAAAUGCACUCAGUUUCAUACAGAUACCCACCCACUUGAUUCAUUUUUUGAAAAGACUAUUGUGCUGCACUCAUAUUUUAAAAAAUAAUAGUUAGAAAACAACAAGGUAACAGCUCCAUGUGUUAAAACACAGGAAUUGUAUAACUGAGGCUCCAGAAGUCCCAGGUUCAAGUCCUCUUAUCAACAUGAGCCAAAGCUGCCUGAUGUACAGGCCUUUCAUUCAUAAAAAUUAUUAUAUCUUGCGGGAGUCGGGCGGUGGCUCAGUGGGUUACAUGGCGCAGAGCACAAGGACCGGCUUAAGGAUCCCAGUUUGAGCCCCCGAGGAGGAGUCGCUUCACAAGCAGUGAAGCAGGUCUGCAGGUGUCUAUCUUUCUCUCCCUCCUCUCUAUUUCCCUCUGUCCUGUCCAUCAAUGACAACAACAAUAAUAACCACAACAUUGUUAAACAACAAGGGCAACAAAAGGGAAAAUAAAUAUAAUAAAAAAUUUUAAAAAAUACUAAAUCUUAAAAAAAAGAAGUCUCUUGGUUUUGAUAUAUUCCUUCAUAUAGACAGACCCUUUUAUCAAUAAACACAUUGUCUUUCUCAACUGCUUAAUUAAAAAUGAUUAUCUGGAUCUUAAAGUGACAGACUCAUUCUUAGGUGUUGCUCUAGUUGUGCUUCAACUUUUCUUUUCAAAUGCACUUCUUCAUCUGCCAGGUGCCUUUAAUGACUUCCCUGUGUUUAAAACUGUGGUGUUCCCUCUGCUUGAACACGUUUACACCAUUCUGACAACCAACACAAAGGCCACUAGAAGCAUUUUUUUAAAUACAAGUAACAGUAAUCUUAAUACCCGAGCUCUGAAAUAUGAAAGUAAUAUUAAGUAAACCCAAACUCAAAUUUAUAUUUAUAUAUUUAAUUUUAUUUAGUAUACACCACACUUUGAUCUUAUUGUAACUAAAAUCCAAUACAGGAUUAUUUAUUUACUUUUAAUAAUUAGUCAACUCCACAAAAACAAUAAUACUGCUGUGGAAGACCCAGGGGAGAACUGUUAUAUUUACAAAUCCCUGUAUUGUAAACAUUUAAUCUAUAGUCUGUUUCUAACUUAUAAUGAAAGCUUGAGAUAGAUAAAAGAAAUGAUGCCCUGCAUUUCUAUUUAUAUUCAGCAAUAGCAUAUUAAAUAGAACAUCAGAUUUUCUUUUCUAUUAGCAUUAUAUUUUUCUUUAGAUAAUUAUUUAGACUUUCAAAAGUUCUAAAUAUAUUCAAGUGUUAUAGAACUAAAACUACCUAAGCCAACAUAUUUGGCUUAUAAUUUCAUUUUUUAUAAUCAUUUAAAGUGCUAUCAGCAACUUGGCAAUCAACACUUUCUAUAGGAACAAAACUACUUUUACACAUUAAUUUACAAGAUAAUAUACAACAUUUAUCUGGAAUAGCUGAAAGUUCAGCACAAAGUGUCACUGUCACACGUUUAACAGCAGGAUUUUUUUUUUUUGCAUAACAUGAAGCUUUGAAAUUAACUGAUGAUUUACUGCCAAAUGGCUUAUUAUUGAUAUCCUACAAAAGAGGAUAAGAACUACUUGUAUAUUCUAUCUUUUUUUUGAAGUCACCAGACAGUAUGUUUGCAUAUUCAACAAGUCUACUGAGUUACAAUAUUGUGUACUAUAAUCUCUGCCCUUUUAUUAAGAGCAAAUGCUAAUGGAAGUAAUAAUAUAUACCACUUGGAAAAAUCACAACUUAUUUUUUCUUUUAAACAGGAACCUAUAUUUGGAAAGAUGGUAUGCAAAACGGCUAAAACAAAUGAACUGUGAAAUAGUAUAUCUGACACAAUAAGUUGAAAAAAUAUGCAUGUUUCAGUUUUUGUACUUAAUGAUAACGUCUUGCUAAGCUACAAAUAUGUAAAUAUUAUGUUUUCUUGCUUGAUGUGUUAAACACAGUAGAAUCAUCGAGUUCUCAUCCUCCUUUGUCCAUCAGAUAAUUAUGAAAGCAUAUGCCCAAACCUGCAUAUUCUGUGCACUGUGGUCUAUGACAACCAGAAUGCUACUAAAAUUCAUCAUUAAAGUGAAUUGAGACUAUCAGAACAAUGAAUAAAGAUAAUAUUGUAGUAUGAAUUCAAACUCGAAGUCAGUGGUCAAUGAAGUAAGCAUCAUUUGGCAUGUGUUCUCUCCCUCUCCAUUACAAAGUCUUUGAAUCACCUGUACCAGUCUUAUGGCUGGCUGUAUCUAGUCUUCAUCCCCUAAAUCCCCCAAUUAAACUGUCCCAGUAAAACAAUUAAUAUAGUUU